CCCACCUUGGUCAUAUGACUAGAUCGAGCGCUGCUAAAGAGAGCAUUUCCGCCUUUAUCUCUCUGUCUGUUUAUGUUUCUGUCGAUUUAUUUCCAAACUCAUCUCUGUAGUUUAAUGUUAACUCUCUGUCGGAAUAACGAAGACGGCCUCAGCACGUGGAUCUAACAUGGAAACAGGAAGCCGGCUCUCUGCACUCUCGUUGCUUCUCUCCGCUGUGUUGUCUCCUUGUGUGUGUCUCAUCAGCCCUGAACAGAUCGACCCUCUGCUGUAUGAGGAGCAGCUGCUGUGGGUGAGCGGAGCCCAGGGGCAGGUGAGCAUCUACAGGAUCCCGCUGCUCACCUUCACCCCCAAAGGAAGCCUGCUGGCUUUUGCAGAGGGCAGGAAGACGUCGUCCAGCGACGUGGGAGCAAAGUUCAUCGCACUGCGGCGGUCCACAGACAAAGGAGCCACCUGGUCCCCGACCACCUUUAUUGUCGAUGAUGGAUUGAAGCUGGAUGGCCUGAACCUGGGCUCGGUGGUGGUGGACGAGGAAGUGGGCUCCGUGAUUCUGAUCUACAGUAUCUGCUUCCACCUCUAUCAAUGCUACCCGUCCAGCACCAUGAUGGUGGAGAGCUUUGAUGACGGCCUCAGCUGGAGCAUGCCCAGAAACCUCUCGGUCCAGCUCGGAGUCAAAAACUUUGCCGCGGGUCCGGGCUUCGGCAUCCAGAAGCGCUACAAUCCAGCUAAGGGGAGGUUGGUGGUGUGUGGUCAUGGUACAUUGGAGGGAGACGGAGUUUUCUGCAUCCUGAGUGAUGACCACGGACUUAACUGGUACAACGGUGCCGCACUGAAAAGCAUCCCGUACAACCAGAAGAAGAGACCACAGGACUUCAACCCUGACGAGUGCCAGCCGUUUGAGAUGAUGGACGGAAGCAUCGUCAUCAACGUGCGGAACCAGAACAACUACCACUGUCGGUGUCGUGUGGUGGUACGCAGCAGUGACGGUGGAUUGUCCCUGCCCAUAGAUGAUCUGUACUUUGACUACACGCUGGUGGAUCCUGUAGUAGCAGCUGGAGCUCUGCAGAAAGACGGGGUGCUCUACUUCACCAACCCAUCCAAUGAGCAACACAGAGUUAACCUGACCUUACGUUGGUCAGUGACCAAUGGCACAUCUUGGGAGAAUAAAGCUGUGCAGAUAUGGGCGGGGCCAAGCGGGUACUCCUGCAUCACAUCACUGGACAGCGGUUCGUCAGAGGACCGGAAGUACAUCUUUGUCAUCUAUGAGAAGGGCCACAAGGACUAUUACGAGACUAUCUCGUUCGCCAAGAUCCACCUGUAUGGUGGCCGGUAGAGCAUGUGAGAGGGAGAUUCAAAUGUUGGAGGGAAAGGGAAACAGGAAGAUUACUCAGGAAGAACAUAAGAGACUUUUAAAACUCACUUUAUGGGAAAAUAGCACUCAGCACCAUGAAUGUCAGUUUCAAACCAAUGUAUAUAUACAAUUACAAUACAAUUGUCUCCUCUUUUAUCUUUCUCUUCUCUAGAAUUCUCACAAUUGAUUAAAUCGCAAGUCUCAUGUCCAUUUUUCUGUGUUCAGAUAUGCCACAAAGUGUGUGUUUUUGCUAAAAGAUUUACACAGCCACAAUAUUUUGUGAGUCCCCUGUUCUUAGACGAAAGAAAAUAUGACCAAGCAAGGGACAGUUUUGGAGAAAAGAAAUGUUGAAGAUUAUUUUUCCCAAGUACACUUGUUUCCAAGCAACUUAAACCAUACUGUCAUGUAAAUAUCAUCUGUUUUGACAACAAGUAUUACAGUAAAUGAUGAUGAUGAUGAUAACACCAUACUAAAGUAUCAUAUCACAUUCUCAGGCUAAUGACUUUCAGCGGUAUUGUCAGGGUCUCAUCAAAUGAAUAUGGUGUUAAUGCAAUAUAGAUUUUAAGCACCUCUGGCAUAGAUCACCUAUCACUGAUUAAUUUCACAAACUGUUAGAUUCAAAUCUUAUAUGGGUCUGUGCUUGUAAAUAUAAUGAGAAAUGUUUUGUCUUUAUCAAGAUGCGAGUGUGCCCUGAAUACAUGCUGACUGAAAUUGGUUCUGCCUUUGUAAAACCAGAAAUUGUGUAAAAUAAUAUAAAUAGCCUUUUGUUGCGAGACUGCACUUGAAUGCUAUUUCCAAUUUGGGCUUGAGUGGUUUGAGAAAAACAAUACUUAUAAUAAAAAAAAAUUGGUAUGUGUGUGUGAUUGAAUGUGAGCGUGAAGCGAUAAGUACAUAAUGUAGCCAGAGCAUCCUCUUUUGCACUUGUGCAGAAUGUACUCUGAUAUUUUGUAAUCAGUCUGAACUCUACUCGACUCAGAAUUUGGAUAUUUUAUUUUAAAAUCAAGUGUCCAUUUAUGCCCUGUAUUUCCAGCAUUGUACACAGGGUUACAUUGUUUUCAGGCAGGACAUUAUCUGAUCUGUACUGAUCUAUAGAAUAAAUACAUGAUUUCUAACAA